ACUUCGAUCUGCGUACCCAUACAUACAUAAAUACCCCUUCCCCACGCAACUAAGCUCUUCUUCAGUUAGGUCAAACAAAAUUCAAAACAACACCUUACUUCUGGUAUAGCGAUCAUGAGUGACGAUUCCGUUAUGAAUCCAGAGCUCGUAAUCAAUCACAAAUUUCCACAGGUGACUCACACCUACAGUGAAAGAGAUGUCGCACUAUACGCCCUUGGAAUUGGAGCAUGUGCGAAAGAUGCAUUAGAUGAUAAGGAGCUCAAAUAUGUGUACCAUGAAGAUGGCCAACAAUCCAUCAAGGUAUUUCCAACAUUUGCUGCUUUAUUUUCCAUUGGGCUUACUUCGCAACUAAGCCAGUUGCCAGGAUUUGCGUUUGAUCCACGGCUUCUUUUACAUGGACAACAAUAUAUUGAGAUCUACAAGCCUUUACCUACAAAUUGUUUGAUGCAGAACAAAUCAAGCAUUGUUGGAUUGCAUGAUAAAGGUAAAGCUGCAAUUCUUGAGAUUGAAGUUGUAAGUUAUGAAAAAGAGACUGGCGAGCCAUUAUGCAUGAACAGAACAACUGUAUAUUUGAGGGGUGCUGGCGGCUUUUCAAAAUCAUCUCAACCGUAUUCUUUCACCAAGUAUCCGAGGGAUCAAACAUCUUCAAAAACUCCCAAGACUCAACCCUUUGUAGUACACGAGGAAUGUACUCAGCCCGCACAGGCGUUGCUUUACAGGCUCUCGGGUGAUUACAACCCUUUGCAUUCAGAUCCUAAGAUUGCAGAAGUGGCAGGGUUUUCACGUCCGAUACUUCACGGGCUGUGCACCCUAGGCUUUGCUGUCAGGGCUAUCAUCAAAACCAUCUGCAAUGGAGAUGCAAAUCUUGUCAAAGCCAUUUCGGGUCGGUUUCUGUUGCAUGUUUACCCUGGUGAAACGUUAAUAACCGAGAUGUGGCUUCAAGGCUUGAGAGUUUUGUAUCAGACGAAGGUCAAAGAACGAAACAGAGCAGUGCUGGCUGGAUUCGUGGACCUCAAUCAGUUAAGAUCUUCGUCUCUCUGAGUUCUUGUGAAGCCGGGUAAGAAGUUUAAUAGAUGCUUAAAAUUCGUGUAUGAUGUUGUGAAUGUAUUAUUAUUUUGAACAUAUGUUAUCUAUAAUCAUGUUGCAUUCAGUCGAUUUGGGUCAUAUGUUUCCUAAACGGGUCGAAUUAUAAAGAGGGACGAGUUAAACAAACAGGUCAUCUGGUAAACUGGUUGGAAGUAAAAGUUCUUUGU